AUGUGCGACUCAACGUUUGCGUUUGGCCAACGUGGCAGCCAUGUUUUUCAAUGCCCAUCGCGAAGAGAGAUUGCGCGGCUGCCCACCAAACUCUCAACUCUAUUGUCAUCGGCACAACUGCAUCGGGUCUACCACGUCGCGUUGGGCUUUGAAGAUAGUUUCCUUAUCACGUGGAGCGACAAAAGCGGCGAUGACCAUGUCGACAGCCACAGUCUCCCUCUGGAGCUGCGAGAAUUUCUGUAUGCACGCAACUCUCAGAAACGGUUGGUUCGCAACAUUCCCGAAAUCCGGUGUUCCCUGGGAUCGUACAACUCAUCUUUCUUCGCACACGACGGCUCUACAUACCGCUGGAUGAAUUUGCCACCUUCAUUACUUUUAGCAUUGCAGAGCAGGAUCGAAGACGGCAAUUGGACCGAUCGACCACGACUUGUCUCACUAGGUGCGAACGACAACUUUGUCCUCGUCACGGAGAAGAACGCUGCGAUCUGGAAUCUGCAAAACUACAAGACCAUGGCCAAUUUACUAGACUUUUCUAAAACGCAAGACCGCGGAAUCUCGGAGAUCCGAAACAUCGUCUUGCACGCACAUCGAUAUGGGUGCUUCAUCACACAAUCCCGAAACGGCUCGCUCAUACAUGAAAACAUUCCGCCUCACUCUCUCCCUGGCCUGGAAGCCAUGUGCGCACCAAUUCUACAAGAUACAAAAGAACUAGAAGCGAAAAUGCCGCUACGUAGAGAAAGCGAUAUGAGGCAUAGUCUGCCGCGACGACCCAGCAGACUACAAGGUCACGCAGUGCUUCACCGUGAAUGGAACGAACACUCGCAGCAAUUCACAGCGAAAGCAAAGGGCGUCAAACUCAGCUUGAGAUUGAGUGUAAGCAUGAAUGGGAUGGCGAAGUUGAUGAGAUGA